AUGAAUUCAACCGCAUUCCCCGACCAGGAUGCGCCUCAGCCAGGUGUUUCGCUUCCGAAUCCGCCCAAGCCCAAGACCAUAGAGCUCAAUGGCUCGCCACUGUCUACACUUACACAUACCCAAGAAGACGAGAAGUCGCUGUUAGCACACAAGCCGUCAAAUACAAAUGGUUUUGCUGACAGGACCACCACAACAACAAACGACGCCAUGAUCCCCGAUAAAUCACUUACGAAUUCUACGAAUAACAAUACAAUUAAUACAAGACCUGCGACGGGAGACGAUGCUCCAAUUGCAAAGGUUAUCCAAUUCUUCGCCACGGCGACUCCCGGCUCACUCGCUGGCGUCGCAGUCGGCUUCGCUGCGUUUACAUAUUUCACCAUGGGACGUCUAGGUCUUGUCCUAAUCGGCGCAUUUGGCGGAGUAGCUGGAUUUAUCUCAUGGGAAGCUCGGAACCCAGAGCUCGCCAAAGUCGUACGAGGAGAACGAGGUAUCGACGUUAUAGACCGACUUAUGGAGGCCAAAAAGAACCAGACAGAGAAUAUGCGAGAGGAUAGCAGCGACGACGAGGAGACUGUUAUGAAGAAUUUUGACGACUUCCGGCCAGAGACCCGCGAAGCUCUUGGGGGACUCGUUGAUGCUAUCGUUAGGGAUUAUGUCAAGUGGUGGUACAAUCCUAUUGUUCCUACUGACCACUCGUUCCCCCUCGCGUGCCGCAAGACGCUCUCAUCAUACCUCCUUUCCGUCUCGAGUCACCUUGGCCGAAAGCGACCGGCCGAUGCCUUCCUCGAUCUUCUUACGAACUCAUCUUCCAUCAUCAUCGUCUUCAUGUCCGAGCUCGCAUCCGCCUUUUCGGAGCUUCCCCCGGACAGUAGCAUGACAGCCGCCGACGCUAUAUAUAACUACCUGGCAUCAAACCCAGAAUGCCACUUGGCCAACCUUGUGAACCAGCGUCAACAGGCUGCAAAAUUCAAAAUGGUUGCCGAAGAUCUGCUCGGAUUCCUAGACCGAAACUCGUACAACUGCGACCCUGCUCGAGUCUUCUUACGUGAGAUUCUCGCAAAUUCAGUCCUCGAACAGUCCCUGCACACCUGCAGCCAAGCCGACUGGAUCAACGGAUGGAUUGUGUACCUUCUGGAAGCUGGCGAGCCAAAUUUAAACCAAGCCAUUGAUGUUGGCAUGCAGCGCGCUCCUGAACCCAAUAUCGCAGCAACAAAUGUUUUUGCUGAUCUGGAUGGAAAUGUGGGAAACAUUGGUAUCGCUAAACCUGGACGCAGCUCAUUAGAAAACGAAAGGGCGCGCCGCAAAGAACCCCUUGGUCACAAGAAGAAGUUAAGCAAGGCAGAGGAGGAGAUGGACGAAGCUAUGCAAGAGAUGAAGCGCAUGAACGAGUUGAUCGCUCAAGAAGAAGCCCGACAAAAACGCGUCUCGAUGGCUUCUGUGCGGGAAUCAAGCACAGAUCUCGGCAAUGAUGAAAAGAGAUUAUCUGGUGCUCCAGACCUCUCCUCGACCGACAGACCUCUGCCCUCUUCAGCAUCAACGGGAGGAUUCUCUAUGAAGAGCGAUACAGCCCAGACUCCUCUUACACCCCGGUCCCCAACAGAUUCCUCAAGCCUGGAGUCAUCUCCUCGCCGAUCGGACGGCACUCGCUUCACCAGUUUUGAUCAGAUAGUACCACCUGGACAAGUAGUAGACGAAGGGGAGGAGCAGGCGCCUAAGAAAGCGCCGCUUACCCUCCACAACGCGACCAUCACCGUGCAUGACGAUACUCCGAGCGAGUCGAUUCGCAUUCGCAGCAAACCUAACUGGGACUACUGGGUGCAGAUUGAGCCGUCUGUGACUGCUUAUCCUGGAUGGAUGAUCGUGCGGAGAUAUGCUGAUUUCGAGACUCUACACGAGAUCCUUAGGCGAAUUGCCAACAUCUCUGGUGCAACUGCUUUCACUGAACUCCACAAGGACUUACCGGACUGGAAGCUUCACACUCGUGAGUCGCUUCGCGGUGAGCUGGAGAGGUAUCUUCGGGAUGCUUGCUGGUAUCAGAGUUUGGCUGAAAGCGAGGGUAUGAAGCGUUUCCUGGAAAAGUCAAAGGGGCACACCCAUAGCGAAUCCAAAGCAGGCUUUGGUUGGGAAUCAAUGGGCAAAGGCAUGCUCGACGCGUUGACAAUUGGGCCCAAGGGCGCUGUAGAAGGUGGCAAGAGUCUAGUCGGAGGUGUUACUGGAGUCUUUGGCAGCACGUUUUCUGGCCUCAGCAGGAAGUCUACCCAGUCAGUAGAUCUGACGGCCAACUCUAGUCGACUCUCUCUUUCAACACCUCCAAGCCAGCUUAGCGGUGCGCGGUCUCCUGUCCGCUCGGCUCGCGACAGCAUGGAUAGCCAGCGCUCAUCUAUCGUGUCUUUACAACCCGGUAAGAUGCCUCCCAUGGAGCGUCGUCCUAGCUAUCAAUCACAAGGCGAGUCGGACGCGGAUGUUCGUGCAAGUCGCUCCGAACUUAAGGAGCCUGCUUCGGCCUCGGCGAGUGCGCUUCCUAGUCGGGAGCACAGCCGUGCACCAAGCCUUGCGCAGCUGCGAUCUCCUUCGGCGGUAAGCCUGGACUUCUCGAAGCUACCGCCUCCGCCUGAUCAAAUCGCCGACGACUAUGGUUCACCUGAAGGACAGGGCGACAUGCAAGAGAAGUUCAACAACGGCGUCAAGGGACAGCAACAGGAACGCAAAGGCUCUCAACAAAUUCCGACACCUCCGCCCUCGGUGACGGACGGCAAGAGAGCGUCUUUGAAACCUACCAAACAGUAUACUCCGUUGUCAGAGCCCGAAACUCGUGUUGCGGUUGAGCUUCUGUUUGCUGUAAUCAACGAGAUGUACACUCUGUCGUCAGCUUGGAACAUUCGGCGUACGCUCUUGACGGCUGCCAAAUCAUUCCUUCUCCGCCCUGGCAACCCAUCUCUCUUGACGGUGCAGUCACUGAUCCAAAAGUCUGUUAUCGAUGCUUCCACAUCCGAUUCAGGUAUCGCGGAUCAGCUUCGCAAGGUCCGAGAGAAUAUGAUGCCAACGGAGCAGGAGCUUGCAGCCUGGCCGGCCGAGCCCACGGCCGACGAGAAGGAGCAGCUCCGCAUCAAGGCUCGACGACUGCUCAUUCAGAGCGGUCUUCCAGCCGCCUUGAUGGGCGUUAUGGGACAAGCGGCAACUGGUGAAGCACUUGGCAGAGUCUUUGACUGUCUGCAAAUCGAGGAGGUCGCGAGGGGACUUCUCUUCGGCCUCAUCCUGCAGGUUGUUCGAGUCGUGACGCACUAG